AUGCGCCAGCUUACUGUUUUUCUUGGGGCUGUUAUUAUCAUCUUUACAGGUACCAACGCAGUUGCAGCAGCUAAAACCGACCGAGUGACAAAACUGAGGUCGCCUAUCGACGUGACCCCACCCCUUGGUAAAAACACGAACGACAUCAGAUUCCUUCGCUCGCAUAAGGAUGACUAUGACAACCAAGAGAGAGCAAACGACUUUUUCAAACUUCCUCGAGGUGUUAAUUUGACUGCCGCCAAGAAAAUCGAAAGGGAGUGGCACGCAAUGCCGACAGGUAUAAAGCCAUGGUAA